CCGGCAGAAACACUGCAGCGGAGACGAGUCUCUGCUUUUCUCUCAAUUCAAAGUGACUUCAUCAGAGUCUCUUACAAACACUGAUAUGGCUUCUGCAAACUUUCUGCCAUCUGAAGAUCAGUUCCUGUGCUCCGUCUGUCUGGAUGUGUUCACUGAUCCAGUCACAACACCAUGUGGACACAACUUCUGCAAAAACUGCAUCAAUGAUUACUGGAAUACCAACAACCAGAACAUGUGUCCACUGUGUACAAAGGUUUUCUUCUCAAGACCUGAGCUGCUCGUCAACACUUUGUUCUCUGGGAUGGUUUCUCAGUUCAGACAGUCGACUCAGCAGAAAGCCAGCAGCAGCAGCUCAGAGCAACAAGAGUCCAGACCAGGAGAAGUUCCCUGUGACGUCUGCACUGGAACCAAACUGAAGGCCCUGAAGUCCUGCCUGGUGUGUCUGGCCUCCUACUGUGAGACUCACCUGGAGCCUCACCUGACAGCUUCACGCCUGAAGAGACAUCAGCUGAUGGACCCUGUGGAGAACCUGGAAGACAGGAUGUGUCUGAAGCACGAUAAACCUCUGGAGCUGUUCUGUAGGACCGACCAGACGUGUGUCUGCAUGCUCUGCACUGUGUUGGACCACAAGAUGCACAAUGUUGUUCCUCUGAAACAAGAAUGUGAAGGAAAGAAGGUGGAGCUGCAGAAGACAGAGGCUGAAACUCAGGAGAUGAUCCAGAAGAGACGCCUGAAGAUUCAGGAGGUCCAACACAACGUGAAGCUCAGUGAGGAAGAUGCAGACCGAGAGAAAGCAGAAGGUGUUCAGGUCUUCACUGGUCUGAAGGAGUCUGUGGAGAGGAAACUGAACGAGCUCAUCACUACGAUAGAAGAGAAGCAGAGAAGCACCAAGAAACAGGCUGAAGACGCCAUCAGAGAGAUGGAACAGGAGAUCUCUGAUCUGAUGAAGAGGAGCACUGAGGUAGAGAAGCUCUCCCUCUCUGAAGACCACCUCCACGUCCUCCAGAGUGUCCAGUCCCUCAACAUCCACCAUCCACCACCCACCAAGGACUGGUCUCAGGUCAGUGUUCCUCCAGCAUCACAUGAGGGGACUGUGAGGAGAGCUGUGUCUCAGCUGGAGGGGACGCUCAGUAACAUGAUGAAGACGCUGGUUGAAGUUGAGAUGAAGAGGCUCCAGAAGUUUGCAGUGGAUGUGACUCUUGAUCCUAAAACAGCUCAUCAUUACCUCAUCCUGUCUGAUGACGGGAAACAAGUGAAACAUGGUGAUGUGACGAAGAAUCUCCCAAACAACCCAGAGAGAUUUACUACAUGUAUUUGUGUCUUAGCAAAGCAAAGUUUCUCUUCAGGCAAAUUUUACUUUGAGAUUCAAGUUAAAGGAAAAACCGAAUGGUUUUUAUUUUUAGGAGUGGUCAGAGAGUCGAUCAACAGGAAAGAAGAGAUCACAUGGAGACCUGAAGAUGUUUACUGGACUAUAGAUUUAACAAAUGGAAACAAGUAUAUAGCUGCUGCUGAUCCUCCAGUUCUUCUCCCCCUGAAGUCUGGGCCUCAGAAGGUGGGGGUGUUUGUGGAUUAUGAGGAGGGUCUGGUCUCCUUCUAUGACGUAGAAGCUGCAGCUCUCAUCUACUCCUUUACUGGCUGCUCCUUCAAGGAGAAACUCCUCCCAUACUUCUGUCCUGGUCAUAAUGAUGAUGGUAUAAACUCUGCUCCUCUGGUCAUCACUCCUGUUGGAGUAAACUAA